AUGCGUCUGAGGCAAGAGAUGAACUGUAAGACUGGGCAAGGUGGAGCUGGAAAAGCAGGUCAGGAAGGGAAACCUUUCGGAUCCUUAUACCUUAUUGAGAACAAGUUCAGCAGCUUUUCCCACAGGGAGGGCCGGGGCAGCCAGAGAGACCCUGACCCCUGCAUGGAAGGGCUGAAGAAUGAGCACAGGACUUUAGAAAUGCCUUCGGGGGGCGCUGUUCCUCCAACAUCAGAGGUUCUGAGCCAGAACCAAGGGCAGCUCUCAGGUGACAGCUCAGUGGUGCCUCACAUUGAUGGAGACCCUCCUAUUCAUCCAUAUGCUUCCAAAUGCAGAUCAGAAGAGGCUGAGCCCUCCUUCCACACUGCCCUGUCCUGCAGUUCCAUUUCCUGCCUCCUCUCCUCCAUAGCAGGAGAGCAGGGACCUUCCCCGGCAGGACCCGAGGAUGGCCUUCUCCAGGAGGACAAAACCACAACUUCUGUGUACGACAGACACACAGCAAAUAGCACUGGGCUAGUUGCAGGAUGCUGCUGUGAACAAGAGCUGUGUGGGUCCAGUGAUCUGGAGCUGACACUGGAGAGCAGAGGAGUCAAACCAACCAUGAGGAACUCAGUCUCGGUGAGGUCAGGCUGGAGCCGGGAUUCAAGCCCCGUUCUUCGGACUCCCAGUCUAGUGCUCUCCCUGCCCCCCACCGCCCCCCACCGCCCCCCACCCCCCGGCUGGACGUGCCUGGAACCCUCCUGCUUCCGCACUUCGGCCCAUGCUGUCUCCUUUGCCUGCAUCCGUGCUCCCCUCCCCAUUUCUCAACUUAGUGAUUUUCUGGCCCAGCCAAGACUGAAGUCCAGGAUCCUGGCCAACAACACCCAGCUUCUGAAGACCAACGAUGAUUGGAAACUCAGAGUCACACCCUGGUGGCUGCACAUUAGUAAAUCUGAAAGCUCCUUGUCAACUCAGAAAAACUGUACCAGAGCCAUUGCAGAUGGAGGAGGGAGACAGUCAAUGAGGAGAAUCACAGAGAAACUGAGCUGGGGCCCUAAUGCACUUCACCUGGAGGCCAUGCUGCCUCCAAACCCCUUGUUUGCUUCAGCCCACAGCCAGCAUGGCCAUCCGUCUGGGGCUGCCCUGACUGGACCAGAGCAGCUGGGAAAGGAGGGCCUCAUGUACGGCGCCGGCCUGGAAGGGGGCCCUGGGCCAGCCCUGCCAGGACGGGGACGGUGCGCCUGCCUCCUGGCCCUCGUUCAGCCUUGUCUGUGGCAGGAGAGGGAGCUUUGCCGUGGCAGUCGGCUGAGGAAGAUGCCCCAGCUUCAGUUCAAAGAUGCCUUUUGGUGCAGGGACUUCACGGCCCACACCGGCUAUGAGGUGCUGCUGCAGCGGCUGCUGGAUGGCAGGAAGACGUGCAAGGACGUGGAGGAGCUGCUGAGGCAGAGGGCCCAGGCAGAGGAACGGUAUGGGAAGGACCUGGUGCAGAUUGCACGGAAGGCAGGCGGCCAGACAGAGAUCAACUCCCUGAGGGCCUCCUUUGACUCUCUGAAGCAGCAAAUGGAGAACGUGGGCAGCGCCCACAUCCAGCUGGCCCUGGCCCUGCGUGAGGAGUUGCGGAGCCUGGAGGAGUUUCGCGAGAGGCAGAAGGAGCAGAGGAGGAAGUAUGAGGCCAUCAUGGACCGUGUCCAGAAGAGCAAGCUGUUGCUCCACAAGAAGGCCAUGGAGUCCAAGAAGACAUAUGAGCAGAAGUGCCGAGAUGCAGACGACGCCGAGCAGGUCUUCGAGCGCAUUAGCACCAAUGGUCAACAGAAGCAGGUGGAGAAGAGCCAGAACAAAGCCAAGCAGUGCAAGGACUCAGCCAUGGAGGCAGAGCGAGUAUACAGGCAGAACAUCGAGCAGCUGGAGAAGGUGCGGGGCGAGUGGGAGCAGGAGCACCGGACCACCUGUGAGGCCUUUCAGCUGCAAGAGUUUGACCGGCUGACCAUCCUCCGCAACGCCCUGUGGGUGCACUGCAACCAACUCUCCAUGCAGUGUGUCAAGGAUGAUGAGCUCUACGAAGAGGUGCGAGUGACACUAGAAGGCUGCAGUGUGGAUGCCGACAUAGACAGCUUCAUCCAGGCCAAGAGCACGGGCACUGAGCCCCCAGCUCCGGUGCCCUACCAGAACUACUAUGAUCGGGAGGUUGCCCCGUUGUCCAGCAGCCCUGGCGUUCAGCCGUCCUGUGGCAUGAUAAAGAGGUUCUCUGGGCUGCUGCAUGGAAGUCCCAAAACAACAUCGUCAGCAGCUUCUGCGGCCUCCACAGAGACCCUGACUCCCACCUCUGAUCGGAAUGAGUGUGUCUAUGCCGCCAUCGCUGUGCAGGAGGUGCCAGGACCCCACACCCUGCCAGCCCAGGAUUACAGGGCGCUCUAUGACUACACAGCCCAGAAUUCCGACGAGCUGAACAUCUCUGCGGGGGACAUCCUGGAGGUCAUCCAGGAAGGGGAGGAUGGCUGGUGGACAGUGCAACGGAACGGGCAGCGUGGCUUUGUCCCUGGCUCCUACCUGGAGAAGCUUUAA